CCGGUGGUGGGACCCACUUGAUUCUGCAGGCCUUGCUCCCUGAGAAACCGUCCCCACAUACACCCACGCCAGGACUUACCAGGGCACCAGGGGUAACUUGCUUUGUUCGUAACUUGAGAAAUUGCGGGCCUGGAGGCCGUGGCUCCGCCUGAAGUGGUUUUGACCUACUCUGUAAUUUCGGCUGAAUAGAAAAGUUUUCUUUUUGGUCACUCACCACUGGUCGCAUGGCUGCCAUGCAGAUGGAUCCUGAGCUUGCCAAGCACCUCUUCUUUGAAGGGGCCACUGUGGUAAUCCUGAAUAUGCCCAAGGGGACAGAGUUUGGUAUUGACUACAACUCCUGGGAGGUGGGGCCCAAGUUCCGAGGCGUGAAGAUGAUCCCACCGGGCAUCCAUUUCCUCCACUACAGCUCUGUGGACAAGGCCAAUCCCAGGGAGGUGGGCCCGCGUAUGGGCUUCUUUCUUAACCUACAGCAGCGGGGGCUGAAGGUCCUGCGCUGGGAUGCGGUCCUGGAAGAGGUAGACCUGUCCCCAGCCCCAGAGGCUGAGGUGGAGGCCAUGAGGGCCAACCUCCAGGAGCUGGACCAAUUCCUGGGACCUUACCCAUAUGCCACACUCAAGAAGUGGAUCUCACUCACCAACUUCAUCAAUGAGGCCACAGUGGAGAAGCUACAGCCUGAGAGUCAACAGAUCUGUGCCUUCUCAGAGGUGCUGCCUGUGCUUUCCAUGAGGCACACCAAGGAUCGGGUGGGGCAGAAUCUACCCCGCUGCGGCACUGAGUGCAAAAGCUACCAGGAGGGCCUGGCCCGGCUGCCCGAGAUGAAGCCCAGAGCUGGCACAGAGAUCCGCUUCUCCAAGCUGCCCACACAGAUGUUCCCAGCAGGUGCCACGCCGGCCGAGAUAACCAGGCACAGCAUGGACCUGAGCUAUGCCCUGGAGACUGUGCUCAGCAAGCACUUCCCCCACAGCCCCCAGGAUGUGCUAGGUGAACUCCAGUUUGCCUUUGUAUGCUUCCUGCUGGGGAACGUGUACGAGGCAUUCGAGCACUGGAAGCGGCUGCUGAACCUUCUGUGCCGGUCAGAAGAGGCUAUGGUAAAGCACCACACCCUCUACAUCAACCUCAUCUCCAUCCUGUACCACCAGCUUGGCGAGAUCCCCGCCGACUUCUUUGUGGACAUUGUCUCCCAGGACAACUUCCUCACCAGCACCUUACAGGUUUUCUUUUCCUCCGCCUGCAGCGUUGCUGUGGAUGCCACCCUGAGGCAGAAAGCUGAAAAGUUCCAAGCUCACUUGACCAAGAAGUUUCGGUGGGACUUUGAGGCGGAGCCUGAGGACUGCGCCCCGGUGGUGGUGGAGCUCCCGGAUGAUGUGGGGACUGGCUAACGGGGAAAGCUCUCGGCCAGGGGAAGCCCCUUUUCCCACGGCUGCAGUCCUGGCUCCUCCAUUCACUCGUCCUACUGGAGUCGGCUGGGGCAACAGCCCCGCCAGGUUCUGCAAAGAUGGAGCCAGAAUUCCCUCCUUAACCAAUAAGUAAGUUUCUUUAGUGCCAGAGAGGCUGUACCGCAUCUAGAAGGCACAUUUGUGGGCUCCCCAUCAGCCUGGCCUCGGUGCUAACCCAACCAAAUUCCAGAUGGGCUCUUGGGAGAGACCUGCCUCAGCAGCCUUCUUCCUUCCAGAAGAGAAGUUGUUGAGCCAAAAGUCCAAGAGACCUGAUUGCUUAGUCCACAGAAUGGUUAGAAAACAGGAAACCCUGGACUGCCCAGGAGUCUGAGAUGUCAGCUGGUGAUUUUUUAAAAGUUAAACAGAGGGUAAUAGGGAGAUGAGCCAGAAUUUCUGCCUGCCCCUUGUUGGGUGGGAAUACAUCACAGAAAACAUGGGCAGGUGACCACUGUGGAGCCCCACGUUGGGGAGGGCAUAACAGAAGACAGUUGGGUUGAAUCUGAGGAGUGGUCAGCUUUUGCUUUCUCUAAGUCCCUUUCUCCUGUCCAGAGGUCCAGUGGAUAAUCUUUCAAGACUGUUGCAGCCCCUGACCUCAGGGGCCUUGCUAGUGCCACACCCCUCCCACCUGCUCCAUUCUGAGGUCUCAGACCCAGAACUGGGCCUUGGCAACUCUCCCGUAUGGCCCCAUUCCUCAUCAGAGCCCCCACGACUGUUUCUGAUAACCUGGAAGUUCAGCAACAAAGAGAAAGGUUCUUGCUCUGGACAGGCUUCUUCAGCCCUGUUGAAGUUCUGUGCCUUUAUCCAGAACUCCAGAGACGACCUGGUCAGCCUGGGUACCCCCGUCCUGCUGUGGGGCUGUCAGUCACAGGAGUGAUGGUGCUCCGGUUUCCUGGGAAUCCUGAGGGCUCUUCCAUCACAGGCCCUGCCACCCUGACCUCAAACUGUUGUACUAUGAUCAGAGUCCCUGUGCCACUCUCUUCCAAGGCUGCAGCACACCAGGUUUCUGAAUGAGAAUCCCUGCUGGUUUAGAUUUUUGGUUCCACUUAUUUCCUUGGCGUUGUUUUUCCAAGAGCGUAAUGUACAUUAAAGUCUUGGAGUUGAGACUAAA